AUGUCUUCGGGGACGAUAAACGACAGCUCAGAGGAGGUCAACAAUUUCCUCCUCCGCAUCCGGGAACUGGGGGACAAGCGUGACAAGGAAGAUGAAGAACGUGCCAGGAAGCUAGAGGAGGAGAUCUUGCAGGGCCGCAAGGAACGCGAGGCAAGACGAGCUGAACGAGUUCGAUCUAUCUCUCCUACGAAGGAUUCACCCCUCUCAGACCUCUCAGAACAAGCUGGGUUCCGUGCGUCUCGUCACCGGUCGUUGAUUGAUCCUCCGUUAGACCUCCAGCCGUCUGUCCAUAACCCAGAGAAGGACGCUGAGACACCCUCAGAUUUAGACACUGAGAACAAAGUUGCCGCCGGAGACACGUCAACAUCUCAAGACGCAAAAUCCAGCCACGAGAGAGUGGGCUCUGGCGGGGGCACGCCUUCAAGGAGCCCUCUGUCCUGGCAGCGGCGUCCAACUUCCACUUCUCCGCAACGCGAGUCACCUCAGUCUACAACUCCACAGACACAGGACAGUGGCUCAAAUCCUAACACGAUGCCUUCCGAGGAUGAGACGACACCUUCUCGCGCUCAGAUUUCUCUCGCCCUUGGCUCCAAAGAUCCCUCUUGGUUCCGUCAAACGCCCGAUCGAGGAAUAGGCUCCCCGGCUCUCCGACGGAGUGGGGAGGAGACAAUGUCAGAUGCUUCAUCUACCGGUGUGGGAAUGAGACUACCUGGCCUCAGUCGCGAGCCCACGACAGAGCCAGAGAAACCUACCAAUCAGGAAACAGGCGAUGAGAGGUCGCGUUCGCCAUCUAGAGCGAGCUCGAUGUUCGGCACCAGCAGUGUGGGAAACAGAUUCUCGAGCAUGUCUUCAGUGUCUUCGACCGGUGGUUUGGGCUCUCCUGUUCCCUUGUCCUCUUCCCAAAGGUUCGAGGCUCGAAAGGGGGAGGCACCGUCUUCGGCAUCGGAAGCACGCACUCCUAUGUCCUCUGGCCGCAGCUCACCUGAACGCUCUGUGUCUCCGACAAAAGGUCUUGGAGGGUUCGUUCAAAGUGCCAUGAUGAAGCGAUCUGACAGCAUCACAAAGCGGUGGAGUGCUCAUGCGGCUCCUGGUUUGAAUCGCCCCAGCUCCAUCGUGACCAAUCGCGGCAGUGUUGGACGUUCUGGGCUUGGAGACUUAAUCACCAAUCCUGCUGAUGCGAAGACAGCUCGUGAAGGUUCUCCAUCCCCUACCCGACCGGGUUCUAGCCACAGCGAGGCCACAGUAGUGUCUCCUACGAAAGCGAACGAAGAAUCAGGAUCUUCCGGGAUCGCCGGCAGCAAGGAUGGAUUGCAAAGCGACGAUGGCUUUGUGAGACCAACUCGCCGCUCGCAUGCCCGAUCCAUGAGCUCUGUGACCAAAGACGAUGCCAAAGCACAGGAUGGCGAUCCUCAAACACCAAGGAGCCCUACCAAGAGCAUAGACCAAAAACGUUGGAGCCCCACAAAAGCGACAUGGCUCGAGAGCGCGCUUAAUCGACCAGAGUCUCCGAAACAGAAAAGCCAGGUUUCACAGCAACCAGCAUGGAUGAGAGAUCUGAGCAAGGCGAGACAGUCAAGGUCGAGUGUGGAUCUGGGGAAGCCGACUGGUUUCAAAGAAGUGACUCCCGUGGGCCUGAUGCGCUCUUCGCCUCCCGGGGGCCAUCACCAGAAAUCGAACAUCAGUGGACUCCCGGAGACAACAAGCGGCAGUGAGACGGCCAGUGCUAAACAGACGGAAUCAGACUCGAAUGUCCAGAGUCAGGACGUAGAUAAAUCAGCAGAAAACAAGACUGAGAGUCCUCAGUCAUCUGAACAUGGCCACAACGAGCAACCUGCCGCUGAGCCCAGUGCGACGCAAGAUACGUCGACACGCAAGACUUCACCUCCGGUUCUGCCGCCCAAGCCAAAUCUGACGCUCCGCUCGGAUGUGAAUUCACCUAAGUCAAAGCAACAACCUGGCAUCAUAGAUUUCCGAGCAAAUUUGCGACGGACAGAAGUCACCAAUGAAAGUUCUCCCCAGGAGGAACCUGAAUUCAAAAAUGUCUUUGGGAAACUCAGAAAGGCGGAAAGAACGAAUUAUGUGCCUCCUGACGAGCUUAAAGAGAACAUCAUGAGAGGAAAAGCUGCUCUCAACGCGACCAGUGCUUCCAAAAAAACGCAACCGGUGGACGACUUCAGGGAAACGCUAUUGAAGCAAAAGGAAGCCAUGAAGGCCGGGGGUGGUUCUGUAAGGCGGAUGACAAAUGGAGACGAGCGGCCCCCUUCCAAAGCGGCGGACCCGAUUCCUGAAGCGAUAUCGAAGCGAAACAACCUCAACAGGACUGAUAGCAACAAAAGCAACAUAUCCGCUGGGUCGCUGUCUUCGUCGACAGUCGAUCGAUCUGGGGAGAAAGGUGACAAUGGGCAAAAUCGAGAACCUCCUAAGCCUAUGCCAGCGGCGAAUCAGACUGGCUCUGCGGAUGCCCGAUCGUCGCUUCAAGAAGACUCGCCUACGAAAGAUAAGCCUAUCAAAGUCGAUAGCGACAAGUCUUUGCCAGAAUCUGAAGCUGCGUCAGUAGAGACGGGGCAGAAGGACUCGCGGGGAGAGACAAUCGGAUCGGUUCGUCCCUUGCCAUCGAGCGAUAAUGCGGGAGCUGCGAAAGUGGCUACUGCAACUAGAGGGCUUGCUACUAAAGGAAGUCUUGCAGAGCGAUUGAAUCCUGCUUUGGCAAAUGUCUUGUCUCGAGGACCACCCGUCGCGGGAGGUGAGACAGAGAAGCCAAAUGCGGCGGCUGUGUCCAGCGAGACCACGUCAAGGAGUGCGCCGAAACCUACGGAUCCAUCGUCUUCUACACCUCUCACGCACAUCACCAAAAAUCGGGCAAAGGGUCCUAAGAGGCGGUUGCCUGGAUCUGCUCCUUCCAGUGCAAAAGCUCCCAGUGCAAAAGCUCCCAGUAAACGAGAGGAGCUCACUUCAAUGGAAAAUAAGAAAGAACCACUAGAACAGAAGUCUGUUGAAAAUAUGGCAAAGCAAUUUGAAUCCUCUCUGUCAUCUAAACCUCACCCCCCUGGACCCGCAUCCUCAGUGAUCUCAGAAAAGUCUGACUCCCUCUCUACUCCCAAGAAGCCAGGUGACGAGAAACCGAAACCGGCUGUGAGUACCAAGUCUCCGGAGCUGAAGAAGUCUACAUUUGGCUCUUCUGCUAGUGCACAGGACUCUACCCAGGAGAUAAAAGAGGAUAAGAAGCAGGAGGGCACAGAGGUCCUUCCACCCAAACAACACACAGGUCUGGAAGAGUCAAGCCCAAGGCCUAAUGCCAUCCAACAGAAAAAUGAAAAUCAAGAGAGCCCGUCGAGUUGGAGGCCGACUCCACCCCCCAAGUCCGCGACGUUGCCUUUGUCUCCAGCCACUGCGGUUAAACAAAACCUUCCAGGGAAUUCCUCACCUUCGCCUUCCCUUACCUCGAAGUUGAAAGAAAACAUUGUGAACUCGGCGAAUAUUUCACCACUGCAAUCAAAGAUCGGCCUAGGGAUUGGUGGAGCCAUUUUCCAAUCAAAGCAGGAUUCGUCUCAAGACAAGGUGGCAUCAUCCCGGCCUGAGAAGGCUUCUCCAUGGCCACCGGUCCCUCCGAAGAAGGUCGACCUAUCCUUGAAUACAUCUCUUGAUCCAAGAAGACCGUCUUUGACGUCGCCCGUUCCCCGUACUUCUGAAUCUGCAAGGGUUAUCUCCGACUUUUUCAACACGCUUCCCAAAUCGAGCGACAGGGUGAAUAUCGACCCUCAGCUAAUCCUGACGGCUAAGACGGAUAACCCGAAAACGAGGACGAUUAAAAAGCAAAUCUGGGAGAUAACAGGCGACGGCAAGAGGCAAGACCUUCCCGUCAACCAGGAAUACAUUCUCUUCGAAGGCAGCAUGUACUUGUGCGUUCACACCUUUGAGUGCAAUGGCGGCAACAAGACAGAAGUCUACCUUUGGUGCGGCGACGAGGUUGGAGAGGCAGCGAUAGAUGAUGCCCAGCUCUUCGCUCGAAAGGUAGCAAGAGAAAACGGCUGUAAGCUUGAGCUCUUGAGGCAAGGCAAGGAAACCGCGAGUUUUAUCCAGGCCCUCGGGGGAAUCAUUAUCACGCGCCGAGGGUCUAGCUCUCGAUCUAAUUCCUCUGCUCUCUACAUGCUCUGUGGACGAAGACAUCUGGGCCAGAUUGCGUUUGACGAGGUCGAUUUUUCCCGACGGAGUUUGUGCUCGGGCUUUCCUUUCGUCAUAUCCGCCAAGUUCGGCAAGCUCUAUCUCUGGAAAGGAAAAGGCAGCGGUGCGGAUGAGAUUGGCGGCGCUCGGCUCAUCGGUAUGGACCUUGGCCUGACUGGAGAGAUCGAGGAAGUUUCCGAGGGGGAAGAGCCUGAAAGCUUCUUCGAGGUGUUUCCGGACUACAAGGAGACAGUCUCCCAUCAGACGGCGGACCAUUGGCACUUGAAACCCCAUCAUGACAAGUACCGUUGCCGGCUUCUUCGGGUCGACCAUGAGCUAGGACAGCGAGUCGGUUUUUGGAAUCGGCGCGGCGGCUCCUCUUCGCCCGUCACGCGACCGAACGACACGGUCCAGGAAAUCGAGCCUUUCUGCCAGAAGGACCUCCGAACCAAGGAUAUCUACAUCCUUGAUGCAUUUUUCGAUCUCUAUGUGAUCGUCGGUGAGGAGGCUUCCUCUCGGCCGGCCGAGUUUGCAUCAGCCCUCGUGUUCGCCCACGAAUACGGCAUCCUGGCUGCCUCACUUCAGGAUCGGCCCUUCAUCCCUAAGAGUUUUGUCGCCAUUGGGGGUGUUCCGGAUGCUUGCAGGACGGCAUUCAGGAAAUGGGACCCGCGGACAUUGCAGGCGUCUCCCCAAGUUCUGCCGCUGAAUGCCGCUAUCGAAGCGAUCCGGUCGUAA